UGAAUGGUUAAGCGGUCAGAAGUUGAAACGGCCCGAGUAAAUAAACGAUAAUAUCACCAAAUCUGUGGACUUAAUUGUGAAAUCAAAAUAUGUAACGUGUUGGACUGUCAAUUAGUAAGGGAUACACUGCAAAGGAACGUUCUAACCCAUAGCUGGCUGUGCAUGGUCUCAUGAGUUCAUGAUGAACAAUGCUAAAUUGUGAUCGGAUAUCCGAAUCUGGCCAAAAAUGAGACAUGACAUUGACAAAAACACUGACUUAGUCCAUGAUGAGGUUUCGCCACAAGAACUUCUCCGUAUUCUUGUGUCUGUUCGUCUCCUGCUUCCAAGGUGGCUUACUCAUCGUUGCCGGUGACGAUGACAUCUUCAGCCUACUUGGAGAUACGGAAGCGGGCAAGGAAGAUGGGAAGAUUACCCCGAGCACUCCCAUCCCAGACCUGGUGGCUGUUGCCAGUAAACUGCUCAAGUACAAAUUGCCAGAUGAUGUUUUUAGGGACAAGACUGCUUCCUAUGAGGUGAUUGAUGCCACGACUCACAAAAAUCCGUCCAACUGGCUUUACAUUGAUGCUGACUCUCGCUUGCUAUAUGCUUUGCCUUCGCCAUUUGAACAAGGAAUCUCCAUGCUACAGAUCUCCGUCAACGGUGACGUCAUUGCACAGUUCACCAUCACCGUCUAUCCACGCCAAGAUCGAUCAACCUCCCCAGCUUUCGUACCUCCCGCAAUCAAAGAUCAACUCAAACCUUAUAAUGAGAAUUCGCUAUGCACAGACAACCGAAUACGUUCCGUGGUCAUUUUCGAUCAAGAUUUCGAAAAGUUAUCGGCGAAGGAAAAAGCUUCUUUAGUUGGGAAAAUGUCGGAUUUUCUUUCGCUCGAUGAACGUUUGAUCUCUUUGUCAUCGUGGAAGGGUUACGGUACGAACCACCCAGACACAUCCGUCCUUGCCGCCGGGCCUGGCAACAUCAUCGGCCAAAGCAAACGCAGCGGCUUAGAAAUGACGUGGCACCUCGCUUGUGGGGAAUUCAGACAACUAAACGAUUUUACCAAAAUUCUUGAACAUAAUAUUUUAGGGGGGCGGAUUUCUGAUGAAGCUGGUUACCCUGUCGUCGGUUGGCAGGUUAUGACGGUCGGCCAGAGGAAGCACGCGCGGUUAAAGCGAGCUGUGAAUGCUGCGUCGACUCCAGUGCUUACAAGCUCUCUCCCGACCGCUUCCAUCUUGUCGACAACAACAAAACCUGUUGCAUCGACGUCUGCUGUUUUGGAAAGCUCAACUGUGGUCAUGACAAGUAGUGCUUCAAUCAAAACAACACAAGUGGUGUCUCCAACUUCAUCUUCAACAAUGACGUCUGCUACAAGUUCGUCAGUUUCGUCGUCGAGCACCGUCCUAGAAUCAUCCACGCCGAUCAAGUCAUCUGGAAGUCUUCCAGCAACCAGCGGAGUGAGUCUGCAGUCAACUCCUUCAUUAUCGCAGAAAACGUCAUUCACCAUAACUCCAACACCGUCCAGUAUAUUUUCAACGUCCACGCCACCGACAACAGUGGUGUCAUCUGGUGAGGUCUUGCAGUCCUCGAGCAUGCCGCCUUCAGAAUCAUCAGUGACUCCGUCCGCAUCUGCUACCAGCGCUUUAGUGCCUAGCUUGACCCCUUCCUCGAGUGGCAGUCCACCACUCACCAGUGUGCCGAGUAGCUUAGCUUCCAGUGCUUUUAUUUCAUCCACUUUCAGUUUUAGCAUGACCGCGAACAUUAGUGUUACCACCAGUGUAGAAAUUACAUCAACCCCUAGCUUUUCGCUUGCUCAGAACUCAACUGACAUUUCGUCAAGUGCUUUACUAACUGCAACCCCAAGCAUGCUAGACUCUUCAUCAACAUACAGUUCUUUAUUUACGUCGAUCGAUUCAAGCGUCAUGACUAUGGACGUCACGACCACAACAGCCUUGCUGACAUCAGGAACAAUCACUUUGUCACCGUCAACUUCAAGUUCAAAUGGUACAAGUGACAUUCCACAAACCACAGUUCUAACUACACCAGUAUUUUCGACAACAUUUCAGGCAACGAGCUCCGAUGGUUCAAUCCAAGUCACGCCUACACCUUCAAUUACGCCAACAAGUGGAGUUGUGCUACCAACGGCGGAAUCAAGUUCUGUAGUUUCAAUUUCAACUUUGUACUCGUCCAUUCCAAGUGUGACCCUGACGUCUGCUGCAACCAGCUCCGAUGUCGUCAAUCCAACUCCAAGUGCCAUCCAGAAUCAAACGGCUUCUUCGUCUUCCAUUGAAAUGACUUCAACAUCCCAAACGUCUGUCACAUUCCAAUCAACGUCUGCUACAUUCCAAUCAACGUCUGCCACAAUCGAACCGACGUCUGCUCUUAUUCUGACAUCAACACCGUUCAUUCGGACCUCGCUGCCAAGUUCUGCCUUUGAAUCAACUCCUCACCUGACACAAGUAUGGACACAAUUCACAAGCCCGAGUUUCUCAUCUCCAAACGCCUCCAGCGUAACUGCAACGCAGACUGAGUCUUCAACACCAGUGACUGUUAGUACGAUAGAAGCAACGCCGACUCUUGAUCUGACGUACCUAACCAGUCCUAUGGUUCCAACAUCAUCACCAUCAUCCUUCAUGAGUGCGACGUCCGUUUCUGCAACUCCAUCCUUCGAGGCGACACAGUCCCUCAUAGAACCGACAACCGUCUCCAUCCAGCCGUCAUCCAAUUUGAAUGCCACAGACUCCACGUUUCAGACCACAAGCAUUCCAUUUGCAUCCUCCCUUUCUCCAACCGUAUUGCCUACUUCAACCAUUCCAGUGACUUUGACACCAAGUUUCGAUUCGUCACGAAUUACACACAUUCCAAGUCCAACGUUUUCCCAAGUGGAUUCUACAGUUGGACCCUCUGUUACUACUACAAUGUCAGGCAAUACAACCUACAUUCCAAGUACACUUUUGAUCAGUUCCACUGAAGUAGCCAAGACAAUCAGUCCGACAAGUACUUCAUCCACUCUAAGUUCCAGUGCUACUGCAGUACCCUCCACGAGUACCUCAGAGAUCUUUGGGACAACCAGCCCAACCAUAUCAAUGAGUUCAAUGGACUCUGUGACUGUAACAUCCACUGUGAUUUAUUCCACAAGCGUCUUUCCUACCUCGGAGGUAGCAAAGACAAUAAGUGUCACACAACCUAUAAGUUCAUUCCAGUCGGUCACUCCUACAUCAGUGAUCGCAGCAAAUUCCAGCAUGACCCCUUCCGUGACGACAGAAUUCUCAACGGUGCAGAUGUCCACUACGCCGUCUGUAGAAUCAUCGAAUGUGAGCGCGAUCUUGACGACUGUUCCCACCGCUAUGAUGACAUCAUCUGUGGACACUUUGUCCUAUACCGCUGUCCCCAGCGAGAGUUACACUGCCGUGCCUACUCAAACAAGUAUCAUGUCAUCAGGAUUCACAAGUGUUUUCAAGAGCAGUCCCUACCUGAGUACACCAACCAUAGUUAUCACACCGAGCCCUUCUUUAAACUUCUCGGAUAUAAGUUCAACUUUUGCAUCACAGAUAACAUUUUCAACAACAAUUGACAUUCAACCGACGUCUUCUAGCAGUAUAAGUCCAUCAGUUACCUUAUUUCCAACAAGUAAAGUUCCUACAAGCCUAUUUUCAAGUAUGGAACCUUCAAGUACUUUUUCUGUCAACUUCACCAGUUCAAGUCCGAGUGUUGGCCUCACUGGAACAGUUUCGCCGAGUUUUGUGACCUCAGUAGAUUUAUCUGGGAGUAUCACUCUAACGCCUACAAAGACUUUGGCCACUAUCGAGACGUCAUCUUUCGAUACGACCACAGCAUUUGUCACGCCUGUGACUGUGAUAUCAUCACCAACUGUUUCGUUUGAAACCAGCAAUAUGGUCACAGUGAUGCCAUCGGUAUCGGUUUCUUCAGAUUCUUUGUCAACUUCGGAUGUUACUCCUACUGCUACCGAAACGGAUACACUUGGUACAACCGGAAUUCUUUUGACACCUUCAAUGACGCAGUCAGUUGAGCCAUCGUUGGAAAGCUCGCCUGUUAUGAGCAUUGCUCCAGUUGUUACACCGACUGCAACCUCAAGUACUAUUGAAACAGGGGUACCGACCUCAGCUUUACCUUCUAUGGAUGAAAGCAGUACUGCGUUGCCCCUGACCAGUUCUCCUGCUGGAACUAUGACUCUUACCAUGACGCCGUCCAUAUCCGUAUCGAUAGAGCCGCAAACAUCAGUGUUACUGAGCAGCCCUCUUCCCUAUACAAGUACUGUAGGACAAACAAGUAUUAUUUCAACGGGAAUUCUUUCUAGUUUAACAAUCGAGCCUACAGCAACAGGUGACGUCAUCAGCAUCAGUCAUACUCCUGUGACAGAGACAGUUUUCACGACACCAGUGUUUCCAAGUGUGUCUACAUCAUAUUAUACAGUGCCUUCUGGACUUCUUACCUCAUCCGCAUCAACUCCAGUGCUACAGACCUCAUCGGUCCCUGUAGCAUCAUCACCAACACCGUCAAUCGAAAGCUCAGUAUCCCCAAGUUUCACGGAUAUCACGAGUCCGAUGCCCACUACGUCAGUGAUUUCGGAGUCUCCAAGUCCACCCAGUACCCUGGUCAUAACAAGUUCUUCACUUACAACCACCCAAAGCUCAACUAUUGUCCAACCAGAGUCUAGCUCAUUGAGUUUGACAACACCUCUGAUGACAAGUAUUGCAACAUCGAUGAUGGAUUCAACUGUGAUAGCAAGCUCAUCUGUCCUGGUUACCAGUUCAGCAGGGUCUCCCACGCCAGAGGUUUCUUCCAUGCCAGUACCGUCCACUACAGUGACAGAAUCGUCUCUGGUUUCAACCAUGAUCCGUCCGUCUUCAACGGCUGUGGUGCCGUCGAGUAGUGUAGUAGUUACAACAGCUACUCCUACCUCGCCAGUGCCAUCGGAGCCUCCAGUUCUGGUGAAGCCCAUCACUACCUUGGACGUACCGUUCAAGAAAUACUUCCAGAUCCAGGUACCCGCUGACAUGUUCCAGGACCCCAUGGAGGGGUCGACGCGAGCGCUCUCCCUAACUCUCCUGGACGGAAAUAACGCAGCACUCCAACCUGAUUCUUGGGUCCAAUUCAAUCAGACGUCACAAACGAUCGAGGGAAUCUCACUCAACACAGCGGUGUUAUUAUCCCCGCAACAAUUCGUGCUACGUGCUGAGAAUUCUGCUGGCCUUUAUGUCACGGAUGCCUUCGUGUUUACAGUGAAUCAAAGUCUAGCGAAUGUGAAACGCAACCAUUUAUUCAGUGCAACUUAUGAUAUUCAAUACGAUUCAUUUAUUAGUUCAGUCCCAAACGUUAUUACGCUGCUCAAUCGUAUUGGAACGUACUUCUCCGACGGAUCGGCAGAAAAACUUCAAAUUGACUCUGUACGGGCCAAAUCUGUUGUAGUAGAUUGGUAUAAUGAUACUUUGCCGCAAAACACGUGCGAUAAUGUCGGUAUUCAGGACUUGUUUUCAAGACUUGCCUACAAUAAUGGUACCCCUAAAGUCGAGUUCGUAGCGGCGAUGGGCGUUGAGUAUCCUGUCACGAAUGUCGGGCUGACCUUAAUGGGAAGUUGUGCACCCACGACCACGAUCAGUCCUUCUACUACUACUACAUCGGUGCCUACUAGUAGCGUAGUUGUGACAACAGUUACUCCUACCUCACCUGUGCCAUCGGAGCCUCCAGCUCUGGUGAAGCCCAUCACGGCCUUAGACGUACCGUUCAAGAAAUACUUCCAGAUCCAGAUACCCACUGAUACGUUCAAGGACCCCAUGGAGGGGAUGACACGAAACCUUUCACUGACUUUACUCGAUGGAAAUAACAAUGCACUCAAACCAGAGUCCUGGGUCCAGUUUAAUCGGACGUCACAAACAAUCGAGGGCAUCGCUCUUGAUGCAGUGCUUGCAGACUCCCCGCAACAAUUUGUGCUCCGUGCUGAGAACUCUGCUAAACUUGCCGUAACCGAUGCCUUUGUUAUGAUGGUUAAUCGAACUCUUGCUAGUGUGCAACGAAACCAUUUAUUCAGUGCGACGUAUGAUUUGCAAUAUGAUACAUUCAUGAGUUCUGUCUCAAAUGUUACUUCGCUGCUGAAUCGAAUUGGAGAAUUCUUUUCCGACGUAUCUUCAGAAAAAAUUCAAAUUGAUGCCAUACGGGCGGGCUCUGUAAUAAUCGAUUGGAGUAACGAUACGCUGCUGCCAAACUCGUGUGAAAAUACAACAAUAAAUGAGUUGUUUUCAAGACUUUCGUACAAUAAUGGUACGCCUAAACCAGAGUUUGUAACCGCAAUGGGUACGGAUUAUCCUGUCACGAAUGUCGGGGUGAACUUCACGGGGAGUUGUACUCCCGUUGUGUUACCUUAUGGUAAUGAUGGGACUGUUUACAUCGCAAUACUCGUGCCGAUCAUUAUCGUCCUCAUCGUAAUCAUCGCAAUCGUGAUUUACUGCAUUUGUAAUCGUCGACAGAAGCGCCUGUCGGGACGUUUCCUAAUCGACGAGGAUUCAGCCGUCUAUAGAAACGAUCGCAAACCCGUGUUCAUGCCGGCAGAUUUAGAGAUGUCAGACUUUUACGAGGCACCGAAAAAGCCACGGAAGCCUCUAAUGUUUGACAACGAGGGUGCAGAAAACUACCCAAGCAGUGACGCCCCCUAUGAGCAACCAGUGGACCGGCCUGAACCACCAAAUUAUUUGAUUUCGAUGGAUCCAUCCCUGCGGUAUGCACAAUCGUCACCGCCCCCUAGUUAUCACAGUGACACUUCUAAUCCGCCGCCUUCUUACAGGUUACCCCCGCCAUACAAGAAUCAUUCAAAAACGUGAUGCCUUGUCUGCUUGCAAAUAUUACUUAACAGGGGAUAUUGCUAUAUACUGGGUGACACAAAAAAGAUAACCCACUUUUGAUUUUGAAUACUGUUAGAGUGAUGUUUUUGGAUUUAUUCAAAAUGAAAAGUAGGAAGUCUUUUUUGUUUCACCCAGUACAUGUGUAGGACUUCCUCGGAUUUAGUUAUCACCUUUUUGCACUCUACUUAAAGAUUAACAAGUCGCCAGGCAAAUAUUUUUGAUGAGAUUGUGUUACCGAGAUUUCCACGGAAAUAUUUGUCAUUACACUCAUGGUGUUACUUAAUACAAUGUCCUGAUAAGUUCAGGUACGUGCUUGAACAAUUAGUGUCUCCAAAGAAUAUUAUUCCAGAGAGUACAUGCAACUUUCUUUUCCUGAAGACAAGCAAUAUUUAUCCCUCAUUGCAAUAAUAUUUCACCUCUGCAAUAAAAAAUCAUUGUCUGUGGUGUUAAUCUGUAUUCUUUGUUCCUUUUCUGUACAAUGCAAAAAAUUAUUAAGGUAUAUUUAUUCAUCACCAGGUUUAAUGUAAAUAUAUUUUGAUUAUGCAUGAUUUGUACCCAUUAUGUAACCUGCUGAUUAAACAUAUUGAUUCUAAUUGUAAUUAUGAUAAUAAGGUAUUAUAUAUUUAUCAAGAGAUCUGUAGGUUUUAGAAAAUUUGAAUCAUGAUCUAAUUGUGAUUACUGAGCCUUUGAGGUAGCAUGUUACAAUGACAACGCCAAGAAAUACACUUUUCGAAUUAAGUUCAGAAUACUGUAAAACCAAGUAAUGCUCACAAAGCAAUAAGUUUGCAGAUUUUCAUGGUAGACUGAAUCCUAAGUCUGCUUCCGAACUUGAAGGGGGUUCUCAUUUUAGAAAUAAAGCAGCAUUUGUAGUUGGAGCUGGGUAAACCAUGUUUAAGAUUCAAUUUGGAUAUCAUUGCAUGUAAUGAAUGCUCGCUUCUGGGGACGAUUUGUAUUGUACAUGCUUAACCUGAGAUGCUCGACUGUACCCAUUUAUACAAAUAAAUA